AUGAACUAUUAUGAGGAAGGGCUUCCAGUCACUCGGAUACAUGGUUGUAUGGGUUAUGAGAUGGGUCCUGAGAACAUGCCAACUGUUAAAGACCUUCAUCACGAGGUUUCUAAGGUGCGUCGACUGAAAAUGGAGGGUGGGGAUGCUGCAGCUAUGAUGGCCUAUUUUGAUCGGAUGCAAGCUGAUAAUCAAAACUUUUUCCAUUCACAUCGCCUUGAUGAAGAUGGCCGAUUGAAGGAUGUGGUAUGGGUUGAUGCUCGUAGCCGAGUGGCUUAUGAGGAGUUUGGGGAUGUGACUUCAGAGACCUACUCUUGGGUGUUUCAGCAGUGGCUGUCUUGUAUGGGUAACAAACCUCCUGGUGCCAUACUGACAGAUCAAGCUGCUGCUAUGAGGAAACCAAUAUCUGAAAUAAUGCCAUCGACUCGACACAGGUGGUGUAUCUGGCAUAUUAUCCGCAAAUUUUCAGAGAAGCUAGGGAAAUGUGACAAAUAUGCUGAUUUUAAAAGCCCUUUGAAAACUCUUAUAUAUGAGAGUUUUACCGUUGAGGAAUUUGAGAGUCAGUGGCAUUCAUUAAUCAAGCAAUUCAAAUUGGAGGAUAAUGACUGGCUUUGUGAUCUUUUUGAGAAGAGACACAUGUGGAUACCGGCCUUUAUGAAGGAGCACUUCUGGGCUGGAAUGAAAACUACUCAGAGAGUUGAAAGCAUCAACAGUUUUUUUGAUGGGUUUUUAAAUCGGCACACAAAGCUUCAUGAAUUUCCUGAGAAGUACACACGGGCUAUGGCGAAGCGGUGA